AUCUACUAUAAGUGGACUAACCAAGGUUCGCGCUUUAACUCUCUUGCGACUAACAAUGCUGCGGUUUCGUUCGCCCCCUCGCCGCCAGCACCCUUCCUCUCCCCCUCACCGCCAGCCCCCUUCCACCAGCCUCCUAUCUGCAUGGCUAGUACACCGCGCAUUAUCGUGACGAGAUGCUCCUCUAACGAGUUACCGGCUUCGUCCCGCUGCCGGCACAGCACCCAUGAUGCAGUGCGUUUCCAUGACAACGACAUUGUCUCUGCCACGGGGAUUUGUCCGCGCAGAAACAACGUUGAAAUAGCAGGUCACCGUGACGACGGUGAGAUGGCACGUCACCGUGACAACGGUGAGAUGGCCUGUCGCCAUGACAACGUUAAGAUUGCGCAUCGCCAUGACAACGGUGAGAUCACACGUCAACGUGAUGACGGCAAAAUUAAGAAUUUCUGUGUCAACGGUGAGAUGGCACGUCGCCGUGACGACGGCAAAAUGAAGAGUUUCCGUGACGACGACGAGGCAGCGUGUUUGUCGUCGGAGGCUGAGCUGCUGAGCGAGCUUGAGAGAGAUGGUGGCUCCCUCUUCACGCCGCGCUCGCGUCGCAACGUGACGAACCUUCCCGGCCUGAGCCGUGUCGAUGGAUUCCUGCAGGAAGAUACCAACACUUGCCGCGUGAGAUGUGGCGGAGACGGGGGCAGUGGUAACGGGACCACGGAACCAGGAAAGUGUGUGAACCAGGGAAGGGUGCCUGAAGUGACGGACCGAGCAAAAACCAGGAAGCAUUCGCCAAAGAAAGGCAAGCGAGCAGCUAAACCGAGGUGCCUACCUGACACUGGUCACCCGGAGGCUUCCAGCGUCCAUCUCACCCAGCCGCUAGACGUGAGGGGGCGCCACGGUCGCCGCGGCGGCUCCCCGCAGGUGUCGCGUUACGUCAGCAGACGCGGCGGCGGCGGCGGCCAUGACACGCGGCGGGUGGAGCUACUGCGCUCUGCGCACCGUCGCACCGCGCGCUUCGUCGUAGGCUCCAGCGAAUCCGAGGACUCCUCGUCGCGAGGUCCGCCACCGCACAGGUGGCGCUGCCGUCCAAUCAGCUUCGUGGAUGAGGCAGCAGCGGCGGCGGCGCGGGGCGACGAGAGGGUGCUGCCCCCUGGUUACGUCUCGGACGCCUCCACCGUCAUGCCUACCAGUCUCUCCGACGCGAGCGAACCCUCCAGCGACGCGUGCAGCUCGGACGCCGAGACCGCAGCCCCGCCAGGGGGCGCCGGCGACCGGCUGGUCUACUACCUGCGCGUGCGCGACCGCGCAUCCACGACCAUCGGAGGCGUCGUUCGAACGUGA